AUGUCGUACGAUCCACGAGAACACUUUCAACAAAUCCAGCGGACGCUACAACAGCGCAGAGGUCAAGGCUUCGGAGGCGUUCCCGGAGGCGGCGCUGCGGGCAGAGGUAUCGUGGCACUAAUCGGCUUGGGUGUCGCUGGAGUCGUGCUAUCAAACUCGAUAUUCAACGUUGAUGGUGGUCACCGCGCAAUCAAGUACAAGAGAGUAACCGGAGUUGGUAAAGAGAUCUACAACGAAGGCACACAUAUCCGGAUACCGUGGUUCGAGACGCCUAUCGAUUACGAUGUUCGAGCGAAGCCUAGAAACGUAGCCUCAUUGACCGGCACGAAGGACUUGCAGAUGGUCAACAUUACCUGUCGUGUCCUGUCUCGGCCUCGAGUGGAGGCCUUGCCACAAAUCUAUCGUACACUGGGCACGGACUAUGACGAGCGAGUACUUCCAUCGAUUGUCAACGAGGUUUUGAAGAGCGUGGUGGCUCAAUUCAAUGCCAGCCAGCUUAUUACACAACGAGAGAACGUUGCCAGGCUGGUCAGAGACAACCUCACAAAAAGAGCUGCGAGAUUCAAUAUCAUGCUUGACGAUGUGUCCUUGACGCACCUGUCAUUCUCGCCAGAAUUCACAGCCGCUGUCGAGGCCAAACAGGUGGCGCAGCAAGAAGCCCAGCGGGCCGCAUUCGUGGUCGACAAGGCCAGACAAGAGAAGCAAGCUACCGUUGUUCGAGCGCAGGGUGAAGCCAGGUCAGCCGAGCUCAUUGGUGACGCCAUCAAGAAGAGCAGGAGUUACGUUGAGCUCCGACAAAUUGAGAAUGCACGCAACAUUGCAUCACUCCUGCAGGAAGCUGGCGGCAAAAACAAGCUGUAUCUUGAUGCUCAGGGCUUGGGACUCAAUGUACACGCCGGUGAUGAGCCGCAGAAGAAGUAG